GGUCAUUCCCUGCACUGUCUACAGUCUCUGGUCAUUCCCUGCACUGUCUGCAGUCUCUGGUCAUUCCCUGCACUGUCUACAGUCUCUAGUCAUCCCCUGCACUGUCUACAGUCUCUGGUCAUCCCUGCCUGUCUGCAUGUCUGCAGUCUCUGGUCAUCCCCACUGUCUGCAGUCUGUGGUCAUUCCCUGCACUGUCGCAGUCUCUGGUCAUUCCCUGCACUGUGUGCAGUCUCUGGUCAUCUCCUGCACUGUGUCCGCAGUCUCUGGUCAUUCCUGUACUAUGUCCGCAGUCUUUGGUCAUCCCCUGUACUAUGUCCGCAGUCUCUGGUCAUCUCCUGUACUGUGUCCGCAGUCUCUGGUCAUCUCCUGUACUGUGUCCGCAGUCUCUGGUCAUCUCCUGUAUUGUGUCCGCAGUCUCUGGUCAUCCCCUGUACUGUGUCUGCAGUCCAUUGUCAUCUCCUGUACUGUCCACAGUCUCUGGUCAUCCCUGUACUGUCCACAGUCUCUGGUCAUCUCCUGUACUAUGUCCACAGUCUCUGGUCAUCUCCUGUACUAUGUCCACAGUCUCUGGUCAUCCCUGUACUGUCCACAGUCUCUGGUCAUCUCCUGUACUAUGUCCACAGUCUCUGGUCAUCCCUGUACUGUCCACAGUCUCUGAUCAUCUCC